AUAAUAUUGUAUGUAAAUUUAAUUUGUAAGCCGCUACAAGUCCCCUUCAGGGUGAGAAGGGCGGGAUAUAAAUGUAUUAAAUAAAUAAAUGAAUAAAUAAUAGUAAGUACAGUAGAGUCUCACUUAUCCAACAUAACAUGGGCCGGCAGAACGUUGGAUAAGCGAAUAUCUUGGAUAAUAAGGAAGGAUUAAGGAAAAGUCUAUUAAACAUCAAAUUAGGUUAUACAACAAAUUUGACAGAAAAAGGUAGUUCAGUAUGCAGUAAUGCUAUGUAGUGAUUACUGUAUUUAGGAAUUUAGCCCCAAAAUAUCAUGAUGUAGUCAAUAAACAUUGAGUACAAAAAUACCUUGGAUAAUCCAGAAGCUUGAAUACGUGAGUCUUGGAUAAGUGAGACUCUACUGUAGUACAAUAUAGUAAUUUAUUGCCAGUAUUAUGCUAUGCUAAUAAUAUAUCAGGAUGAGAAGGGUGGCAUAUAAAUGUAUUAAAUAAAUAAACAAUAGUAAAUAAAUAAAUGUAUUUAUUAUGGCCCUGCUUGGAGGGGAAUAUGCCUUUAAGAAGGCUGCAGACGAUGGCUGCGUGGCCCCGCCCCUUCUUCCCGCCUCGAGCCUCUGGUAUUGUUAGAGAAGGCGCUGGAUGAGGCUCCUCCCCCUCUCCCCCCGCGCAGCCAAUGGGCAUUGUUAUGCAAAUGAGGGCGGCUUAAAAGGCGGCGGCGCGGCUGUGAGGCGCUCAGUGCCUCGGCGGACGCGGAGGAGGGCGGUCUGAUGCCAUGAGCCAGACGGAGGUCUCCCCUUGCGGGGCGGCAGGCGCGGCGGCGUCGUCCGCGUCCUCUUCUUCGUGCCCGGCGCCGCUUGGGUCGUCGUCGGGGCCGGGUUCGCCGUCGCUGCCGGGCAGCCAGCGCGUGUUCCAGGAGGCGGUGCGGGCGGGCAACACGGCGGCGCUGCAGGCCCUGCUGCAAGGCAUGUCCAGCUGCGAGUUCAACGUCAACGCCUUCGGGCCCGAGGGGCAGACGGCGCUGCACCAGUCCGUCAUCGAGGGCAACCUGGAGCUGGUGAAGCUGCUGGUCAAGUUCGGCGCCGACGCGCGCCUCGCCAACCGCGACGGGUGGAGCGCCCUCCACAUCGCCGCCUUCGGGGGACACCAGGACAUCGUCCUCUACCUCGUCACGCGCGCCAAGUACGCAUGCGCCGGGCGGGGGGCCGCGCAGGGGGGCGGGGCCGGGCCCGCGCAGGGGGGCGGGGCCUCGAGGUGAGCCCCGGCCACGCCCCCGCCCGCCUUGCCUGCAGCGCCGCCUCCCGCCGCCGGGGGCGCAGAACUGGCGAGGGCAAGAAGAACCACCGAGGGGGCAAAACACAACCCUAGAGAGGAAGAACCUGUAAAGUGGGGGAAAGCCUAGAAAGGCCCUGAAGUACUUCAGAAAGACACCAAGUUGGCCCUGGAGGACCCUAAAGAGGCCCUGAAGUACUUCAGAAAGGCUCCAAAUGGGAAAAUAGGCCCUGGACAACCAGUGAAAGGCUCCAAAUGGACAAAGUGAACCCUGGACAACCCUAAAGAGGCCCUGAACUACCUUUAAAAGGCACCAGAUGGGGAAAAUGGGCCCUGGACAACCCUAAAGAGGCUCUCAAGUACUUCAGAAAGGCACCAAAUGGGAAAAUAGGCCCUGGACAACCUAUGAAAGGCUCCAAAUGGACAAAGUGAAUCCUCAACAACCCUAAAGAGGCUCUCAAGUAGUUCUGAAAGGCACCAGUGGGCCCUCGACAACCCUAAUGGGUGAAAUAGGCCCUGAAGGACUCUAAAAGGCACCAAAUGGACCUUGGACAACCCUAAAGAAGCUCUAAAAGGCACCAGGUGGACCCUGGACAACCUGAAAGAGGCCCUGAAAUACCUGUAAAAGACACCAAAUGGUUCAGAUUUGUGGACGACACCUUCGCCAUUCUCCCCCUGAGCCAUGGGGGAGAAGAACUCAACAAGUUCCCAAUUGCAUCCACCCAACCAAUCCCAUUCACCACGGAAGAAGAAAAGGAAGGGAAAGUGCCGUCUCUAGAUUUCCUCGUCUCCUCCAAACCCAAUCAAUCAUCGGGCCACACAGUUUACAGAAAAGCUACAGACACGGAUGGACACCCACAUAAAAACUCCCAACACUCAGAAAACUGGGGAAUUCCAGGCAGGAAACAACCAGGGCCAGGUAACACCUAGCAAAGGAUUUCCCCCCAGAGAGGAAGCAGCCAGUCCUCGAAGCUGCAAGGGUAUCCAGGGCUAAUCAAGGUGGCCGAUGGGCAACAUUCAUGACAAGAGUUCUUUCUCCCACCCAUGAUCUAUAAACCCCACUUGCCUAGUUUUGAACAGACCUCGCAACCUGUGAGGAUGCAGGCGAAAUGUCAGGACAGAAUGCUGCAUCGUGAGUUGGACCCACCCUGCGAGGUUGGCCGAGAGGACCCAAAGGGACAGGAAUGAUCCUGUGGAUGUAUUGGACUCUCGAGGAGCCGCCAAGGCCGGGGCCUCCAGGAAAUAUGUCGAAGCUGCUGGGAAACAUCUCCCGUUCCAUGUGUUGUGUGAUUGUGCUUUGGAGUCCUUUGGAUAGAUAGAUACUGUUGUUGUUGUUGUUGUUUAGUGUGUGGGCCUUGGUUCUACUGUAAAACCCCUCCGUGCGGUUCCCCUCCCUCGCCUUCCUUCCAUCUACCUCGGUUGCGCCCCGCAGUAUUUACCCCACUUUCCUCUUCAAUUUCAGGAGCUUGCUGCUGUCUUGACGCCCCUUUUGCCCCACUUUCAAUCAAAUGAUUGAAAGUCUCCAAAUGAAGCAAAAUGGGGCAGUGUGGGGAAAGGGUACAUUAUUUCCCUUUUUCCAUUGCCUAUUUUAUUUUAGGAGGGAUUCAGUGGCUCCUUUCUAUGAAUGGCGCCUUCGGGACUCCAUCUCCCAGAAUCCCUGCUCAUUGGCCCUUGCUGCCGAGGAUUCUGGGAGUUGGAGUCCAAAUUGUCCUAGAGGUUGGGAAGCACCAGAAAAGUCCGAGGUGUGCUUAGGGAGGGAACAAGAGCUACAAAACUAUUAAAUUUACCCUAUUUAUUUAAUAGGGUUUCUAUAAGACACCCCCUGCUUUUGCAAGACACAUUUCCUCACUAUUUAUCCGUGUAAAUAAGAUUGUUUGUGUGUAUGUCCACUGUGUGUACAUAUAUGUGUGUCUAUGUAUAUGUAUAUACACAUAGAUAUAUAUAUUGGGUGUUGUGUUUGAAGGGAUGCCUCGGAAAUACAGUUUUUUGGGGGGAAGAAGCAGGAAUUAAAUGAUAUUUUCUUUCUUUUUCUUCCUGCCCUCCUCCCUCAUUGCACUGACUUUUAUUUUCCCGUUUCGUGGGGUGUUUUUUGUGUGUCAUUUUUUGUGAUUUUUUUUUUGCUUUUUUAAAACUCCAUUUUCUUUGGGUUUUUUUUUAGAAUUGCACAUAAUUUCUUUUCUUGUAUAUGGAUUUGCCACGAUCGGAAUGUCAUAACAUUUAUGACAUCGUUAUUGUUGUUUGUGUUGUCGAAGGCUUUCACGAAAGGCCAUGGAGAAAAAAAUUAAAAAUAGUCGAGAAACCCAAGAUCUCUAUCUAGGAGGGUAGUUCUUAGGAAACGAGGGAAUUUUUUUUAAAAAGCUGGUUUUUCUAAAGGAAAAAAAGAAAGAAAGAAACUCUCUUGGGAGUGCCUGUAAAGAUGUUAACACAUAUUUAUAUAUUUUUAUAUAGAAUAUAUAUAUAUAUAUUAAGGAAAAAAGUCUGCCUUCGAAGACUGUGAAUCCUUUGUGUCCCAUUUUUCCUGUGAAAAAUGAGCUAGAAUUGCAUGUAUUUUAAUGGGAGAGAGAUGGCUUUAUUGCUCUGGAAAAGGUCUUGUUUGGCGGGGGGUCCUUUUUAUUGAUUUAUUUUAUUUUCUCUUAGGAUUUCCUCUUUUUUAUCGUGUCAGAAGCGAAUUGAGAAACAUGCUGCAAGUCGCUUCUGGUGUGAGAAUUGGCUGUCUAUAGAGACGUUGCCCAGGGCACAUUGCCUGGAUGUGUUACCAUCCUGCUGGGAGGCUUCUCUCAUGUCCCUGCAAGCUAGAGCUGACAGACAGGAGCUCACCACCAAUCUUCAGGUCAGCAGUUCAGUCGGCACAAUGGUUUAACCCAUUGCUGUAAGCCCUACUGAAUACUUUUGUGGAGAUAUUUUUGGACUAUUCAAUAAAUUAGAAUUUAUUGGGUGUUGAAUCUCCCCCCUCCCCAAUUUUUCUUUCUAUGCAAAUCUCCCAUUACCUCCCAUUUUGAGGAAAUAAAAGGCAUUUUCCAUCCCGUUCUCAGACCUGUUUUAAGGCUGCUGUGACCUUUGUUGUGAUUUUUAAAAAAAUUCAUGUUUUAAUUAAAAAUAGCCUGGCCAGGAAGGUCUGAAUAUGUGUUGUCGAAGCCUUUUAUGGCCGGAAUCACUGAAUUGUUUUGAGUUUUCCGGGCUGUCUGGCCAUGUUCCAGAAGCAUUCUCUCCUGAUGUUUUGCCCACAUCUAGGGCAGGUUGUGAGGUCUUUUGGAAUCUGGGAAGUAUGGUUUAUAUAUCUGUAGAAUGAUGUCCAGGGUCUUUGAGGCAGGUGUGAAUAAUGUAAUCGGCCACCCUGAUUAGCAUUGAAUAGCUAACACCUCCCAACAAAAGACUCCCCCAGGCGGGAUGUAGCCAGGUUUUGAAGCUGCAAGGCUAAUCAGUACUAAUCAUUCGCACCUGCCUCCAAAAAGUGUUCUUUCUCCCACCCUGGACAUCAUUCCACAGAUAUAGUAGAGUCUCGCUUAUCCAACGUUCUGGAUUAUUCAAUGCAUUUUUGUAGCCAAUGUUUUCAAUAUAUCGUGAUAUUUUGAUGCUAAAUUCACAAAUACAGUAAUUACUACAUAGCAUUACUGCGUAUUGAACUACUUUUUCUGUCAAAUUUGUUGUUAAACAUGUUUUGGUGCUUAAUUUGUAAAAUUUGAUGUUUAAUAGGCUUUUCCUUAAUCUCUCCUUAUUAUCCAACAUAUUUGCUUAUCCAAUGUUCUGCCGGCCCGUUUAAGUUGGAUAAGCGAGACUCUACUGUAUAUAAACCCCACUUGCCUAGUUUCCAACAGACCUCAUCACCUCUGAGGAUGCCUGCCAUAGAUGUGGGCGAAAUAUCAGAAGAGAAUGCUUCUUGAACAUGCCCAGACAGCCUGGAAAAUUCACAGCAACCCAAGAUCUGAAUAUUGGAAAUACAAAUCUUUCUGAAACUGAACGGAAUAAUCCUCCCCUUGGACUGCGUUCUUUCUCCCUCCUUUGUACUAGACGGCAAAUACCUUCCUUUUUUAAUUAUGUUAAUUAAUAUUCAUUAAGAGUCUUAGGCUUAUAUUGAAGCUGUUUGUGGGUCACUGUAUGAUCACUUUUAACUGGAGUUUUUUUUUUUAAUUAUUAAAAAAAAGAGUGCGGAUUCUGUACAGGAUGAUGAAUUGUAUGAUCUAGCGUUUUGGGGUUUUUUUUGGCAUAGUCCCAGGGUGAGAAGUUUCUAAAUAAUUCUCUUGUUUUUUUGUUUGUUUUUCACAAACUUUGUAUAAAAAGAAAAAGAGAAAAAACAACAA